GCAAUUAUGACGUAUCAGGAUGUUUUGAGCGGAUAUAAUUCGAGUACGUGCAUAUCUGAGCAAUACGCAGCAUAUCCCCUGUUAGAGUUCAUUCACGUGCCGCCAUUAACUGGAACUUCCAACGAGAAAUCCUAUGAGCCUAGCUGCGAGCCACACCGGCUGAAUUUGACGCAGGUUAUCCGCAGGGACUGAAUCGAUCAUGGGAGUUGGCGCAAAACUUCAAAUUUGCUGCUUGCUGUGGUUUGUGUGCGCGGGAGCAGCUCGGGUCGGGAAAGACGGUGCUGUCGUGAAUGACCUUACUGUGAACGGCAAUCAGGGUUGGGACGGAAACCUUCACGCACUGGACACUGACUGCGCUCCUCUGCCCAGUCCCAAAAGCGACGAUGGGCAGCCGAUGACUCUGCAACUACGCGAUAGACCAGCAGCUCAAUCCACGCAGCGAGACAAACAGUAUCCUCCUGUAGUAACACUGGUCUACAACGCAGGACAAGUCAUCUGCUCAGCGCAGGCCAAUCCACUGGCUUUUUCAUAUCGGAUCAUCCUGAACGGCACCAUAGUUCUGCGGACCUUCAACACCAGCGGGCAGCCCUUGAACUUUGAACCGGAUUUCUGCACCACCGUCGGCUGUAAUGUCACCAACACCGUUGGCACGGGAGCGCAGAGGCUUCCUUAUCCAAUUUGCCCAGGCUCAACGGGGCCGGACGCUGACGUUAUUGUCAUCGUGAUUGGAACGAUUCUAGUCUUUACUGGGGUUGUCUCUGUUUUGCUCGUCUUGCACUGUGCCAGAAGACGGACUCACAAAAUUGAGCCCAGCCGAAACAAUGACGAGUGA